GUUACUACUCUACUCACCGGCAUUUGAUAAUCAAAUGGGUAGAAAAAGACUCAACACGCUUUGUUAACACACCAAAUUUCUCUCAACUUAACCUCCAAGUAGAGCAGCAAAACUUCAACCAUUAUCUGGUCAACUGAGAAGAAAAGUCUAUGAGAGGACAAAUAUCCAGGCUCCAUUUCAACUAGAACACCCAAGUCACAACUUAAUUUCGGUUCAUUGGGUCACAGUCACAAAGCCAGCUUGUUGCAAGCUUGAACCGAAUGACAAGGUUCCACAGGAGCAAGGUCAAACUGAGAUAUUUCUCUCUUAGGAAAAUUUCCAAAACAUAUAGCUUCUACACCACAAACACCAUGCAGAAGCUUUUCUGGAUUAAUGACCUUCUGUUUCUGAGCAAUCAAUCAUGGAAAGUGAAAAAUCACUAAUCUGGAUGGAAAGCUCGGACAUUUCCCGUGACACUAAUAACCUCAAACAAAGAAACCAAGUACUCAAGCAUCUUUACAAAAGCAGAGCAACAAAGCAAACACCAGAUUCCGUCCUUGGUUAUGGCCACUAAACUACCAUGAACCAUGUCCACACAUAGAACAAACGAAAACAAAGAAACGGGAAUGAAUAAAGGAAACGAGCCCACAGAUUCCAUUUUUAAUGCUCUGGUCAACUAAAGUUCAGGAAAGCAAGUCGAUUGCAGUCUAAAUUGAAAUCAACGGCAUGGCAACAGUUGCAAAGGAGGGGCGUUUCAGUCCAUUCAUCCAACCCACCCACCCACCUACCCGCAAUUAUAUCCCGCCGGCGGCAGCCGGGAUUCAGACGAUAACCCCGAUCACCAACGGAAGACGGAAAGUAAAAAUCAAACCCGGCGAACAUCAGAGCAAGAGAAAGUCAAACGCACGAACCUAUGACCGGGAAGUUCAGCAACAAACAGAAACUUCACCACCGACAAAGAAGUACGGAAACUUGAAAAGGGAUAAACAAAACCGAGAGAAAGCAAGGGGGUACCAGAAUGCGGGCGGCGAGGGAGUGGGAAGGCCCGCGGUGGGAGAGGGAGCCGAGCGCGACCUCGGCGGCGGAGUGCUCGGCCUGGCGGAGCGUGGAGCAGUAGGACGGGCUCUCGAAGAUCUCGCCGUUGAAGUUGACCGUGGCCUUGAAGCGCGGCGCGUGGUCGGGACCUUCCCUGAUGCAAGUGUAGGAGGGAAGGUUGAAGCAGCUCCUCUGCGCCAGCUCCUGCAGCUGGUUCUUGUACAUUUCUUCCCCCCACCCUGAAAUCAACUCUGCUUCUGCUCACCACAAAAAAAAAAAAAAAAAAAAGUCCUUCUCGUCCUCUCUUGAUACUACUCUUGCCCGCCGCUACCCUUCCAGUUCAUCAGCUCAACCGGCGAAAGGAGAAUGGAAGAAGCGGGAUCGGAACCAAGAAAUGGCCCGGUGGAAGAUCGAGCUCGCUCUACUGUUUUUUUUUUUUAGGGUUUUGAUGUCGUUGCCGAUAGAUUAAAAAAAAAAAGGAUGAGAGAGAGAGAGGGAGGGAGACAAAUGGGGGUGGAAGCAGUAAUGAGUAAAUCAGAUAGUGCGGACCGGAGGAGGGGAAGAAAAUUGGUUUUUUAAAAUAAUUAAUUCGAUUUCUUUAU